AUGACUAGAGCCGAAAGGAUUCGAGCUACACGCCUCAGCAGACGGGCCUGUGGAACUCAGUGUGACUUGCUUCCUUGCGGAGAGGACUGCGCUGGGUACACCACGGCUCUCAUUAGGGUUCAGAGCGAGCGAGACGGCCUCGCUCGCCCCGCACGGGAGAAUCCAGACAGAGAGCGCACAGAAGGUCCUGCGGUUGGUCCGCCCCGCCUUCUCCAAAAGGUUUCUGCCAGGCAGCCCGCUUGGCGAGCGCAUCUCCAGGGGGGCCUCCGGAGGAGGAGGAGAGCCCCGAUCCAGCGGCAAGGCAUCCUCCUCCGGUCUCCCCCGCCCCGCUGCAGCGGCCCCAGCUGCUGCGCAGAUGACCUGAAGCGGCCCCCUCGCUCGCUGCUCUCUCCGGCGACGGGCAGGGCGGACAGAAGCGCACGGCAGGGCGCGGCAUCCUCCGCCCUGCCGCGGCUGCGACGCCGCCAAGGCCACGUGGGGAGCGGAGGAGCGGGGCACGGCAGCAUCCAGCCAUCCCUUCAUCCCUCCCGCCGCGGGCCCCCGGGCCCCUCCUUCGCCUCUCCACCCGCCCGCCCCGGCUGCCCGGCAUCCUCCUCCUCCUUCUCCCCGGCCCGGCCCAGGUUCCCCUCCGGCUCACCUCCUGCGCGGGGCCGCUCGCUCGCCUGGAGGAGCCUCCCGCAGCUAAGGCGCCUCCCACUCGCCCUCCCGGCGGCUCCUCCUCUGGAGGCUCCUGCGCCGCCCCGUCUCGCGAGAAGCCUGGCCCGGCUCGGGGGCGUCGGAGGCAGCGCAGGCGCCGCCGUCGCGCCGGGGAACUCUCCCCCGCCCAGUCAGUCCUGCUCGGAAGGCGGCGGCAGGAGAAGGCGAGCCUCGCGUGCGCCCCGGCGGUGGCGGCGGACGCGAGAGCCGAAGAGGAUGGCCAGUCCAGCAGCCUGCCCUCCACAGCCGCCUGGUAGAUGCUGCGGGACGCGGGAGGAGCCAACAGCCUUCCCUGCCCUGCGUCCCGCAACCGGAAUUGGGAUGCAGAGUGUGCCUCCCGAAAGCAAGGAGAGGCUUCCUUCUGCCGGUGGAUUAGACCCGAAGACAACCAAGAAGUGGGAAAGCACCGUCUCGGUUGAGAUACUGCUGGAGAGCUGCAGCCAGGGAACCAAAGCUGUCUGCAGUCCAAGCCUCCUGCUUGGUGGGACAUUUUCAGAAUUUUCUGUCACCAGAAUGAUAAAUCGGCAUAAAUGUGAACACACAUGCUUGCAGAUUUAGUUGGGUUUCUGGAGCGGGCUUGAGACUAGAGCAGUGGGCAAGGAGAUUCCCUCU